AUGGGGCCCCCGGGCAAUAGGGGAUCAUGGGGCCCCUGUGUCCUCGUCCACACCCAAAAAAGCCUAUGAAAGGAAAGAACAGAGAAAUGACCUCAUCAGUCACAUUCUACCCCUUCACUGUCCAAUCACAGCCCGGACUGAGCUAUAUUGCUGAGGAAAGGGGAGGGGCUGGAUACAGGGGCGGACUGACAACUCAUGGGGCCCCCGGGCAAUAGGGGAUCAUGGGGCCCCUGUGUCCUUGCCCAAACUCAAAAAAGCCUAUGAAAAAGGUACCAGGGGCAUCUAAUGGGGCCCCCCUACUGACCCCAGGCCCUCGGGCACUGCCCGAGUUUCC